UCUGAAGACAAUGAGGGAGCUCGUCCACGCCCAAAGGGAGACAAAUACCCGACUGGCGAAAGUUGAGGAAAAUCAAUCCAUACUAAGCCAGGGGAUGGACGUACUUGUAGGCAAUCAAGAGAGGAUCGCUAGUGCGUUUGAGGAAAUGGAUAAAGACCCACAAACUUUGGCGCUAGCUAAGGGCAUGAGGGAGUGCAAAGUGGCCUUAAAAAAAAUUCAGUAUGACGUUUGUCGCAUGACUGGGGAAGUUGCAAACUCCAAAAUGGACGAAGUAGCUAGCAUGAUCCCCUUGCAUACUACCACAGCAGUGCUAGAAGUGGAACAAAGAUUGCAGUCACCAGACUUUGUUCAGACAAUGGUAACAAACAAACCUAAUACUUUAUUGUUUACAAGAUUGUAUUUUAAUUUUUCAUAGACGAUAUACUUGCACAAGAUUAAGGGGGCAUCAGAGGAUGUCAGCAGCGUAAUCCGCACCAUCAUUACAGAUGACCUUCUUGAAAAAUACAACUGGGAGGGAACGUGGGAGAAACAGGCGCUGAGCGAACUAUCUUUUGUGAAUAAGACUCUGCGCGAUAUACAUUUUAUUCUAAAAAAACAUGUACGCCUUUGUAUUUAAAUUUUAGAUGUUUUCUCAGCACAAGGCGCUUUAGAAUUUGAAAAGAGCUUACGCAAAGCAGUGGUACGUGCCCAUCAUCGGCUUCAGCAAAAAAAGUACUUUCGAAAAGGCAAAACAACGAUUACAGCUGCUACAACAACUACCAGAACCGCAACCUCUACCUCAACAUCUAUCCUAACCUCUACUUCAACUUCUAAUUCAAGCUGUAGAUGAUUUUAAUUAUAAUUCCU